AUGAUUAGCACUUCAAGACCAAGUCUCUCUGGUUGGACAGAAAUUUUCGAUGAAAAACACCAGAGGUUUUAUUAUUUUAACCCAUCAACUAAUGAAACAUCGUGGACACAUCCAAAAGAACAAGAAACUCCAGCAGAACAACAACAACAAAAUCAUUCUUCUUCAACUUCUACAAAUACAACAAUAACAACAAAUGAACUAGCACUUUCAACACUUUCUUCUAGAUUAUCCGAAACUGAUAAAAAAAAGAAAAUGGCAAAAAAGAAAAAUCAAAGACGUUUUGCAAGUAUAGCCGAUCAAUACUAUCUCGUUUUCAAGAGAGUUAAAAAGUUAGAAGAUGAGAAACCUUUAGGAUAUGAUUCGUUAACAAUCAAGGAUAAAUUUAUCCUAUUUCAAUUAUCACAUUUGACAUCUGUUAAAUCAGGUACAGUAAGAUUAGCAGAAAUGGAAAAGGAAAUCAAAGAAUCUGAAAUGUUAUUUUCAUGUCUUAGAGGAGACACUCAAAAAUUCACAGAAUUAGUUUCCAAAUAUCCAAAGAAAUUAUCUGAAACUCUACCAACGUCCAAAUUGAAUAUUUUACAUUUAGGAGUAGCAAGUGGAAAUAUUCACAUUGUAAAAUAUAUAAUUUCUCUGUUACAGAAUAUGAAAUCAAUUUCAAUUGAUCAAAAUACUUUUAAUGGAUUAACUUCAUUGCAUAUUGCUUGUUUAUUUGGUUUAUUUCAAAUUGCUAGCUUGUUAAUUGAGUUUGGUGGUGCAGAUACUAAUGUUACUUGUAAUUGUAUUCCAGUUGCUCCUCCUUAUUUACAAAAACCACUUACUUAUUGGAAUAAUAUUAAGGAUUGUUCUGUAAAUUCCUUUACACCAUUCCUUUAUGCUGUGUUUGGUGGUAGUUUGGAAACUGUUAUCAUGUUUGCCAAUUUAGCAAAAGUUGGUGUUAGUAUUGAACAGAAUAGAACCGGUUUCAUUACAGAUGCACUUUCAUUGGCCUGUAUUUUACAACAUGUUAAAAUUGUUGAGCUAUUUUUGAGAGAGGAUUAUAUUUUCAAUUAUGAUCCUAAUUGUAUUGAUGAAUAUGGUAUGACUCCUAUUAUGUUUGUUGCCAUGUCAUCUGGAAAUGCCAUUGUCGUUUCAAAACUUGUUAAAAAGUCUGCAAGUAUCGUUGGUGUGAAUAGAUUGAAUGGCUACUCUUGUUUACACUUUGCCAUCAAUAAUGGAAAUUAUGGAUUCAUCAAGAGAUUGUGUCAAGAGAAGGAAGGAAGUGAAGAAUUGGCCCUCGUCUUGAGAACUCACAAUGCCAAACAACCACUCAAUCCACUUCAAUAUCUGAAUAGUCCUGAAGCUCAAAAUCAAUUUACUCCCGAGCUGAGAAAAAAGACAGAAAAUAUUCUUAAAGCACAUGGUGCUUCUGAAAAGAAAGGUUUCAGUGAUAUUGUAAAGGAAGGAUAUUUGACAAAACAAGGACACGUUGUCAAGAAUUGGAAAAAGAGAUGGUUUAUUCUACGUGUUGGAGAAUUGCAAUAUUUCAAGAGUAUUCAAAAGCUUAAAGAGCCAACUGGUGCUAUCAAUUUGGAGAAUGGAAGUUUAGCUAAAACUUAUACGAAAAAUUGUUUUGUCUUGUAUGAUUCAAAGAAUGAUAAGAAAUUUUUCAUUCAGGCUGCAACAGAUGAGGAAAUGAAAGAAUGGUGGGAUGCUAUCGCAUUCUGCAUAUCUCAUGCUGGUGGUCAAUAAAUAGUUUAUUAAUAUU